GGGUGAAGUUUGGUUGAGGCACCCGCAUUGGCACCAGGCAAUAGAAACACAACCCAAUUUUCGAGAUGACAAAGACGCAAACACUACCCAAUGAUUCUCCCAUUUGGGACCAAGCAGCUGCCAUGCUGCAAACGCAAGCGACCCUGGCAGAACACAUGUCCACUGUCUUUCAGAGCAAGCCCACAUCGGGACUCUACAAAGAUGAACAACCAACACUACCCAACUUUGGCUUGUUUGUGCGACAUGUCCGCAAAACACUGGCGCUCUCUCCUCGGACCGUCUUGCGGUCGGCUUUGAAUCAAGCUUUGGAACGCAUCCUCCAGUCCCACUCAGCUGCGAUUCUGGAAUUGAGUUCGUUAUUGGAAAUAAUAGCCAACCCAAUCCACAUGCACCCGCUAGCCAAAGCAGUGUCAUUGGCGUCACCGGGGUUGUGCCAUGCUCGUCUAGUCCACGCCAGAAAAGAGUUGCAGCAGCAUCAAGCAAUCAACCCCGAAGAUACAUGUGCCAAAGUCCAGGCGAAACUCGCCAAGAACAAAACACCCCAAGAAAUGGAGACGAUCCUUCAGAGCGUCCGUCAAAGACACAAUCAGCGAGCACUCUACUUGCAAGAACGAGUCCAGACACUUCAAAUAGCAUUGGCCACGGACAAAGAGUACCAAAAAUAUUGCCGGAUACAACAACUAUGGGAAAUCACGGGAUGCCAGAAACUAUGGGAUCGUUUUCUCAAGGUCGAUCGGCAGCAAUGCCAAUUGCGAAACCAUGAGGGAGACUCUUUUGAAUCAUCUCAACAAGAGCUCGUGUUUGCCAUGACUGUUCUUUGCUUACUAGCGAAUGACAAUAUUGACCUUGCUGCGAACAAGGAGGAAUUUUCCUUUGCCUGUAAUCUCCAUUGGUGGGAUGGCAGCAACAGCAACAACAAAGUUCCCUCGGGAGAAAUUGACUUGGCAGUGUUUCACAAGGAAAAGGUAGUGGCGAUUUGUGAAAUGAAGUCGUCCUGCUUUCUUCUGGGCCAAGCAUUUCGUCAACACGAGCAAAAGAUCGCCACAAUGUCCAAACAAUCCACCCUAGCAAUGGGAAUUGGAAAGACACCGGGAUGCUUGUUCAGCAUCAGCAGCGCCUGCCCCAGGUUGUUUGUGGCCACCACCGCCCCCAAGCACGGUUUGCUGGGAGCCGAACCAGUCUUGUCGACGGCCAUUGGAGAUGGAAUCCGUCAUCAAGGACUCACAAUUGCCAAUGAAACGACCAAGGCCGCCAGUGCUCCCUUGGUAGAUUUCCUUUUGGAGGAGGACGACGACGACGCCACCAUGACAACGAAUGCCGUCAUCCAGUAUUUGUGGUCCGUUUUUUCCCCAAAAGACGCCGCCGAAGUGAAUUGCUCGUCGAAAUGUGGGGAAGAAGAUUGCCUGGAUGUUGCUCAAUUGGCCGAGUUUGUAAAGGGACGAUUAGGGGAUACACUGGGUGGUUCCCUGUCCCCAGCGGGUUGCCUCCUUAAAUGGAAGAGGAACAUUCUCAUUUUGGAUAGCUAGUUUCUUCUCCUCUUGGAUAGCUAGUUACUUUCUUAGCAAACUACUGUGUGUUAUGCGUCUAU